UCCUUACGGUCCUUUAAAUUCAUCAGAAAGGCUGCUGGUAGUUUAGGAGAGAGGAGGAAAAUCAUAAUCAAAGCGGGCGAAGGUAAAGCGCCUUGUGAGGGAACCACCGCUCGGGCGAAGGAGACAAAUCCUCCCACCAUGUCAUCUGACCAGACACCUCAAUCUACAGUGCCACCUCUCCACUCUCCAAAGUCACCUGUGUGGCCUAUUUUCCCAUUCAACAGAGAGGGAAGCCGGAUUUGUGAGAGGGGUACUCACCUUCUUCGGGACUUACCCAGCCCUCUUCCCACAAAAAGAACAAGGACUUACUCCGCGACGGCUCGUGCUUCUGCUGGUCCCAUCUACAAAGGUGUAUGUAAGCAGUUUUCACGUUCCCAGGGCCAUGGUUUCAUCACCCCAGAGAAUGGCACAGAAGAUAUAUUUGUACAUGUUUCUGACAUUGAGGGGGAAUAUGUCCCGGUAGAAGGAGAUGUGGUCACAUAUAAAAUCUGUCCCAUCCCACCAAAGAAUCAGAAGUUCCAGGCUGUGGAGGUGGUGCUCACUCAUUUAGCACCACAUACAAAGCAUGAAACAUGGUCAGGCCAAAUAAUUGGCUCAUAAACUACUUAUUGAGCCUGCAGGAAGUAGAGUUGAAUAAUAUGGUGGGUGGUGGAACUACUGGAGCAAUGAAAGAGCCAGGCUGGCAAUUUUUGUUUGCUGUGUGACAUAUUUGCAACUUUAUCUUGUCUUUUCUAAGAUCUAAUCUUAGUUUGUAAAUGUGCUUUUUUGUUAUAGAAGGGCAAGCAAGAAGUUGAAAAGUGUUGCUGGAUAGAUUUACACUUAAGUUAUGAAUAUCCAAUAGGGUGAAAGAAAUCUACUAUCAGAGUAGUAUAUGUUGGCCACAAUGAUGUUUAUCUGGUCCUGUUCUAAACAAAUUAGUAAUGAAAUUAUCUAUUAUCCUAUCCUUUUAACAAAAAAUUCCCUUCCAUCUUCAGCAGAGGUUGUUGCAUUGUUAUUAUGCACCCUUCUCAGCCAGAACAGGCAUUCAGUGAAAUAGAAUUUUUUAGGGCACAGUUCUAUAUGGUCCAAACAUGGUGAAGCUGUCAUUCUUUCAGUUUUCUAAAUCACCUACAGGAAUGCUUCAAGUUUGUUUUGUUUUGUUUUGGGGUGUUGUGUGUAUUUCUUGUAUAAUCAUAUGCAAAGAAAGAACCUAUGCGUUUGCUUCUGCAUAUGGAUCACACUUCUCUAAAUUUCUAUUUAUCUUUGGCUGAGUUUGAGAUCAAUGGCUUGGUUACCACUAUUGUGUAUGUAAUGAUUGCUAUAGCUUCAAGUCUACUUUCAAAAACACUUCAUGCACAGGGUCUGAAAUAAUUACGCAGUAAUCCAACGGAAUAUAACACUAAGGAAGGAGCAUUUCUAAAGACAAAUUAAUAACUCACUGUGAAAUUUUGUUCAGAUAUGUCUAAAAUGGGUGGAGGGAUUUUUUUGGUCUUGUAAAAGAUAUUACCAAAAUCAGGAUCUUCUGCAGGCAAAUAAUUCUUUGCUGGAGGUAGCUGAAGAACUUUUCUAAAUGUAUUAAUCUCAAAUUGAGUUUAAUUUUUUCCAUGUGCACCACAGUGGUCCGUCCCAGGUAGCCUGAACUGUAGCAGUAUCUUGCUUCCAGACUGUUGUGAUAUAUGUUCAGAUUAUAACAAAUAACUUUUCUUAUUUUAUUCUCUUAAUUGUAAACUAAGUUGCAUCUGUUUUUUAAAAGGGCAGCAAAAUAUAAUACAGGAAUGGUAAUAUAUGAUCUUCCAUUAAUUGCAAUUAAAAGUAUGUGUCCAAGUGUAUUCUAGAAUUCAGCCUCUACUGAAAUGUGUUGUUUUGCUGACAUUGUAAUUUUCAUAUAAAGUGUUAAGUAUUGCCCAUGAUUACAUUUGUGUCUACUAAAAGUAAUACAUAAUAAUAAAACCCCUGCAGAUGAAGCUUUCUUUGUUAGAUUAUAUUAUUAUUAACAUUAAAGGGAUUAGAAUGGUCUUCUUAACAUAGUGUCUCCAGAUAUUACUGGAAAGUACAGUUCCAACUCAUUUGGUCUAUUAUGUUAGAAAAAUCUGAAAUAAAAUCACCAGGAAGCAUCUGUUUGAUCCUCUUAUAUUAUGAAUGAUAGUUUCUAGCUAUGAAGAUCUGCUUGAAAAAUAGCAUCUUUGUUUAUUACACUUUCGCAGAUGUAGGUUUCAGUAUUAUCUGCAUGUAAUUGCACUUCUGAAUAUUUUUCACAACAAAUUUCCUCAGAAUGGAUGUUUAGGCUAAUUCUUCCAUUCUCCCUUCUGUUCUUCAAACUUCAACAUUUUAAUGAUUAUCCUCUAUGUGACUGGAGAAUGAGGAUUAUGUGUAGAAGAGAUAAAGAAAUGUUCAGCAGAAGUAAGAUUAAUGGGUAAUAUUAAAUAAAUGGUAACUAGUAGUAUUGUCCUUCAGUUGUUCCAAUUCUAUCCAGUCUUUCCCCCAACAUCUUAAUUCCCCAGGAUAUACAGGGUCUUGUUUAAAAGCACAAUAUUGAUUUAGAUGCAUUAAGAAGAAUUUCCCAGGAUACCAUGUACAGUACAUUCUCAGAACUUGCAUGGAAUUGUCAGGCAGUAUAAACUGUACGGUCUGCAGAGUUGAAAGCAUAUGGGCAAUGCCACACUGAAGUUGCAUGAUCUUGGAGAGAAAAGAUAUACAUGGAUAGUAAGUUUUUAAAUUAAUGCAUGGAAGCAAGCACUAUUCUUCUAGGAAUUACACUUAGUGGGUAUGUUUAAGUAAAUGAAGUAAGUAAGAAUGUGAGAGAUGAGCAUUUAGUGAAGCUCUCUUGAAUGAGAUGAGGAAGUCUGAAAGUAGAGCCUAUAGCAUAAUGGUACUGCAGUAUGCUGGAAUAAAUCUGGUGUCUAUAAAAUAUAUGCUUUUUGUAUUUGGGAUGUAUUUCCAGUGUCCUUAAUGAGAUUGUGUGUGUGUGUGUGUGUGUGUGAAUGUCCAAUAUAAUUUUACUGUUCCUAUUUGUGGGAGUUUAGCCCCUUCGAUCUUUUACAAACUUGCACUUAGGUGUAGGGUGAGACGGAGGGUUCAGGAUAGGCUGUUGCUCUGUAGAAAUAGACAUAGAAAUAGAAAACAGCCUAAUGUUCAUAUUUAGUUUUCAAGGGGGACACCCCACUUAGACAGUUUAAUUCUACAGUAUACUGCCAACCUAAAUUUAUGGCAAAUUUCAUGUAAGGUAGCCAGAGGGCGUUGCAUUCCACUCUAUAUUUCAACCCAAAAGAUUAAAGGAAAAGCCCUCAUAGCUAUAAGGACUUGGGGACUUCCAAAUUAUACCAGAAUUAGCUGUAAGGGUGCCAAUGUUUUUCAAACUUGGCAACUCUAAUAUGUAGUUCACACCCCAAAUUUCCAUAGCCAGUCUGGGGAAUUCUGGGACCUGAAGUCCACAUGUUAAAGUUGCCAAGUUUGAAGAACAUUGGUAUAAUGCAACCUUUCCCAACUUAGUUCCCUUCUGAUUUGCUAGGGCUACAACUCCUGGAAAGCCAUAUUUUGAGGAAAUUCUGGGAACUGCCAUUUCAAUACACUUGGAGGGUGCCAAGGUAGAGAAGGCUUUCAUACAAUUCUUUCUUGAAUGGAUGUUACACUACAGAAAGUCUGUGCUGCGGUGGUUAGAGUGCAGUACUGCAGGCUACUUCUGCUGACUGUUGGCUGUCUGCAAUUUGGCAGUUCAAACCUUGCCAGACUCAAGUUUGACUCAGCCUUCCAUCCAUCCGAGGUAGGUAAAA